AUGGACGUUUCCUCCAACCAAUUGACAUUUCGCAUCAGUCAAUCGCCAACCGACACAUUCACAUGUCCCCGUGGCAAGCCGCCGCGAGUCACUUCCACCGCCUCACGACGUGUCAACCGAUGCCAAGGUCGUGUCCGGGGCAGAUGCCCACGAGGGCUGGGUGCUCGCCGCUGGGACACGCUGAGGCACCCGCACCUCGCGGUCGAGGCGAGCGCGCUGUGGGACGGCGCCGGCAGCCCCGACGCCGUGGAGAUGGCGAGACUGGCCGAGGCGCCGGAGGCCGAGGCGUGCUGGACGAAGGCGGUGAAGUCGUGA